AUGUCAGAUAGAUCGAGACCAAAAGGGCCUAAGCUGUCCUCUACUUCAUCGCGAGAUUUCCAAGCGAAUCACUCGUCAUCAUCAUCAUCAUCAUCAUCCUCUUAUGUUCCCACAAAGCUGGACUCUUAUAACAGAGACCAUGAAAGAUCUAGUUAUGUACCGUCAAAAUCACGAGGGCAACCAUCAAGAGACGAAUACAGAAAGGAACCAAGUAGAGGGUCAAGUAGAGGGUCAAAUAGAGAAUUAAAUAGAGGCACGAGCAGACCACCACCCCUGGGUCCAGCAUCUAGACCACCACCAUCAGGGCCACGGAGGCAACAAUUGCACCAGAAUUUUCCGACUUCACCACCGCCACCGCCACCACCAUCAUCGUCAUCGUCACGUCAACAACAACAGCAACAACAACAACAACAACACUCUCAGCCAUCAAGAGGUCCACCACCGCACCAACAAGACCGUGAUGAUUCUAUGAAUUCACAGUCACGUAACUCAUCGCAUAGUAAAAGCAACAACAGUCAAACAUCUAGCUACAGCUCUGGUUCCAAACGUCCUUUACCAUCGGGACCAUCAAGUGCAUCUAAUUCCCAUAAGAGACGAAACAUAAAUGAACCAAAUCGUCCUCGUAAAUCACCACAAGGGCCUAAAUCCAUGACAUCCAAAGACAAGGAUGGAGAUAGAGAGGGGAGAGAAAGAGAAAGGGACGGAGACAGAGGAAAAAGAAGAGGUGGUGGUGGUGGUGGUGGUGGUGGGCCACGAGGCAAAGGAGCUGGCCUGGGAAUAAGAGUGGGAGCAGCAGGAACAACGGCGGAGCGUCGAGGACGAAGAAGUAAAGAAAGCCGUGUUGGACGACGUGUACUUGAAUCCGGUCCAGCAGUUGGACCAGGUUAUAGAGAUAAUAAAAAGUAUAUAUCUGUACCUAAAGGACCUAGACAUGGAGAUCAUACAGACCAACAUAGUUCGUUUGUUCAGUCGCCAUCUAUCUCCCGUACUACUUCCGCGCCAAUUGCAACACGACUCUCUGUCAACCAAAUUUAUUGCAUCAAGGCGAUAAAGAAGGGAUUACCACCAUACGAGAGAGUCCAGCAAGUGGGAGAAGGUACGUAUGGGAAAGUAUACAAGGCCAAAAAUUCAACAACUGGAGAGUAUGUUGCAUUAAAGAGAUUGAGGUUAGAGCAGGAGCGAGAAGGGUUUCCCAUUACAGCAAUUAGAGAAAUAAAGCUUUUGCAAAGUUUUGAGCAUCGGAAUAUUGUUGGUUUAUUAGAGAUGAUGGUUGAUCAUAAUCAGAUUUAUAUGAUUUUUGAUUACUUGGAUCAUGAUCUAACUGGAUUAUUGACCCACCCAGAUUUGAAUUUGGAGGAGGGCUACCGCAAAUUUUUAUUUAAGCAGUUGAUGGAGGGUUUGGACUAUUUACAUAAAAUGAGAAUUAUUCAUCGAGAUAUCAAAGGUUCGAAUAUUUUGCUUGACUCUGAAGGCAACUUGAAAAUAGCUGAUUUUGGCCUAGCACGUACAAUGAAAAUAUUGGCUGAGGGAGAAAAGGCUGACUUUACCAAUAGGGUGAUUACAAUAUGGUAUCGCCCACCAGAGUUACUUUUGGGUGCCACUGAUUAUGGACGCGAAGUGGAUAUCUGGGGUGUCGGAUGUUUACUUGUUGAGCUUUAUUCAAAGAUGGCGGUGUUUAGAGGUAUGGAUGAAAUCAGCCAGCUUGCCAAAAUUUAUAAUAUCAUGGGCACACCAACUUAUGAGCAAUGGCCUCAAGUAGAUCAACUACCAUGGUUUGAAAUGCUUAAGCCAAAGAUUAAUGUUGCCCCCAAAUUUCAACAAAAGUAUGCUGAGAUAAUGACGCAUGACGCCUUUUUUCUUGCUGAAAAGUUGCUUAGCCUAAACCCAAAAAGCAGACCUACUGCAGAAGAGGCUUUACAAGAUGCAUAUUUCAUAAAGGAUCCACAACCAGAGCCGUUGACGUUUUUGAAAGAGCUCAAGGGAGAAUGGCAUGAAUUUGAGACUAAAAAGAGAAGAAGAGAGGAAAGGAAGAGGAUAAAGGACGAGGAGGAUGCCGAGUUGGCUGCCAGUAAGAAAAGAUUGAAUAAUGGCGGUGAUGAAAAAAGUAAAGAUAGAGGAGGAGAAGUAGCACGAGGAGGAGGAGGAGAAGGACUAGUUGGAGUCGUAAGAGCAGGAGAAGAAGGCGCGGAAGUAGAGCAUAGUAAUGCUGGUAAUGGUCUAUCUUUGGGUGCAAAUUUGUCAGAAAAGACUUCACCAGAUAUGUCUAGCACAGGUGUUUAUUCGAGUAAAAUAUAG